GCCGUGUGUGUUUCAUUUCGAACGCACCCAAAGCAAGCAGCGUUGCGGGUGUUUUCGAACGGCAGGCAGUAACUUCACCAGUCGUGCAUAUCUGCAGCAAGACAGCAGGUCUGACGUCGUCAAGACGGUGUCAGGGUCGCGCACAUAUCGCGGGAACAAGUAAGCGGUAACUGUUGUGACGGAGCCUCCCUCAGUGAAGGGAUAUAUGGAUAGAUUUUUUUUUACAAGUGAUCAGUGGCAGUGAACGAAAAGGGUCACACGAACUUUUUUAGGGGAGCGAAGCCCUGCGGUAGUGUUUAGUUGUUAAAAAAAGGUUUUAAAAUAACAUCCAGGAAGUGGGAAAUGGUCUAGUUGAACUUGUGACAGAAUGGCAACAAUUCAUUUGGAAUUGUUUUGUGGUGAUAAAUAUCCUUCCAAAAACGAAACUUUUUGUGUUCUAUGGAAGGCUACUUACUGUACGUAGGCGGCAUAUUUCCCUUGUAAUGUUUUUGCCCGUUAAGUGCCUGUGAAAGUGGAUUAGAAGUUAAUUUUCUCACAUUAAACAACCAUUUCCGUGCUUUCGUUGAACGACGAUGCGUUGUGGCGCUGUUGAGCGAAACCAAACAUCUUCCGGCUUUCGUCACGGCGGAAACAAAAUUAUUGAUUACUGUUUCAUAAUGAUGCUGACGGAAGGUUGGAAGGUUACUUACUUAACAAUAACCAAAUAGUUUUGUAAAAAGUUCUGCACGUAGGAUGAUGUGUUUUCAAUUGGCAAAACGAUCUGCGAAAUGGAACACCUACACAUGAAUCACUGCAGUUCGUUCAUAUGACAACGAAACAGUGCGUAACACAAAACAGCUUCACGAUCAUCAUGCUCAUGAGCAGCAGCCAAACAUUGGAAUCGAAAAGUAACUGAGAAGCCUUCACAAGCAAAAUUAGUGAAACCCCCGACAGAAAUAAUCUAAAGCGACCGGUGGUGCAUAUGACUCACAUGAUUAUGUGACCAGAGCUAUCUUCACGCAUACAGUCCUUGUGUCCAGUCUAAUGUUAAGCGACGUUACAUUCUUAGCGUAAAGCAAACCCGGACACUAGGGUUGGUUAAAUGCUAUUGGCAAUAAAUAGCCCUUGUGUGCCAUACGUGCAAAACGAUCGACGUUGAAUUCAAUACCAUAGCAUAACAAGCCACUCAGCAGCGUUAGAUCCAGUGACAAGAGUUGUGUCUGCUUUACUACAAGUGCAUAACGUACUUCUUUAAAUGUGAUAUAUAAGCGGCAAAUCAGUGAGCAAGGCAACUAGUUUCUACCUCAAAACAUUUGUUUGAAAAGAAAAAAAACAUACACUGUAAAGGGCAAUUGCAUCAAUUAAGCAAGAGGCCCUUGCCCAUAGUGGAGAUCUUGAUAGAACAGUAAAAUAAUAAGAUUGUAUCCAGUAGCACUCCGACGAAAUGGGUAAUUCCAAUUCAUCGCACGAACCGCUGGAACGCGGGUUUACCCGUGGCACGUAUGGAGAUGUCAAAAAUACGAAAUCAGCCUCAUUCCGGCAGAGUAAACGAUCACCAAAGAAAAUGGAUCGAUUGCGCAAAUCAUUCCGCGAUUCAUUUCGCAGACGCAAGGAUCGUGUUCCUGAGGCGGCUAAACCCCAUCAAUGGCAAUCGGACGAACAUGCGGUACGUUCGGCUACAUGCACUUUUGCGGUUAAAUAUUUGGGAUGCGUAGAAGUGUUCGAAUCUCGUGGGAUGCAGGUGUGCGAAGAGGCGUUGAAGGUGUUACGAAACUCGAGGAGACGUGCAAUACGGGCUCAGCUGCAUGUUAGCGGUGAUGGGCUUCGCGUAGUUGAGGAUGACACUAAGGGGCUGAUCGUUGAUCAGACCAUCGAAAAAGUUUCGUUCUGUGCGCCGGAUCGUAAUCAUGAACGAGGCUUCAGUUACAUUUGUCGCGAUGGUACGACGCGUCGUUGGAUGUGCCACGGGUUUCUGGCCACGAAAGAUUCCGGCGAACGGCUUUCCCAUGCGGUGGGCUGUGCGUUUGCCGUAUGUUUGGAACGCAAGCAGCGUCGUGAUAAAGAGUGCGGUGUAACGAUGACGUUUGACAUGAAAAAUUCCACCUUCACCCGUACUGGAUCAUUUAGGCAGCAAACGAUGACGGAACGGCUGGCAGGUGGCACGGAUACGGCGGUUGUGGCCCCGCAACAGAACAACAACGCAUCAAAACCGUACAAUCCGUUCGCAAUCGAGCGACCACAUGCGACACCCUCGAUGCUGGAACGUCAGGGAAGCUUCCGUGGAUUUACGCAGAUUGGAUCGGCCUCCCCGUUUAAGCGUCAGAUGUCGUUGCGAAUAAAUGAUCUUCCGUCCAAUGCUGAACGGCAGCGCGCGUUCCUCGAACCGGGCACACCGCAACGCACGACUGUUUCGCCCAUUCCGGAAGUGUCCCCUCAGCCGACGGACACUGUCAGCCAGCUAUGCCAGGAACUGAGCCAAGGGUUGUCGCUGCUUACCAAAAAUGAUACGGAUGAUUUUUAUCUGAACAAAGAGCUGCAACUAAAAUCGUCUGUUACAACCGCUACCACGAGCAUCACAUCCAGCACACUGGCAUCUUCUUCUGCGACUGCUGUCAGCAGUUACGUUCCUGGGCUGCUUCCCAGAAACGGUCCGAGUGAUAUCGUUCCGCCAGCAUUACCAUCCUUGUCGGUCGUGCCUACGAUCCCGCCACGAUCUAUAUCCCCUCUAAACAAGCAGCAAACAUUGGACUUAUCUGUCCUCGGUAGCAGUGUGAGUAGCAACACGACUCACAGUGUCAGUAGUAUCGGUAGUAGCAUCAAUAGCAAUACUACCACAGCAACUAUUCCUGCUAGUGGUGGAUUCCCAGUAACGACGGAAACGGUAGUAGGUGCUUCUAGUACGUCCACCUCCUCCAGUGUAGUAGUCCCAAUCGAAACGGCAUCACCGUUGCCCAAUCCGGAACAGUGGCUAGGGCAGAUUGUGAAGAAUGUUUCGCCAUCUCCGCGGCGCGCGCCUUCACUGCACAACCGCGCAAAGUCGCUUAAUGCAGCUGACCCGUUCGAUGCCGAGUGGGUGGCAGACGUAGCCAAACCGGAAAUACAUAGCACGAAUCCAUUCAUUUCGCCUCCAAAACCUCCGGCACAAACGUUUCAAGUGCAUCUGUAAGUGUAGUUCUCAAGGACGCAUUGUUUGCCGUCACUACUACUGCCUAUUGCCUGUCAUAGGCAGACGGGAAAAUGGAGUAUCAAAAUGUGGAAUCACGUGUGUUUCAUGUCCCCGUAUUUCUUUGGUGCUUUUCUGGGGUGUUUUGGUUCGUUUGGGAUAAUCGUUGAAUGGUAGCUAAUUGUAUCUGAAUUAUUUGAUUGUUAUUGCACUAUACAUCGAUGGUGGUUCGAUCAAUCCUGCCGAAAGGGGACGACGAAUCAUGAUCGUGAAUGUUGCGUUUUAUUGUUUAAGACAAACAUGUUGAACUGGGAUUACUGCUACUUAAUGGAGAACAGCUCUGGAGCUGUAAUAGUACUUACACGUAGUUAUGAACGAAACAUUCUCAUGAGCAGCAUUUUAUUGUAUGAUUUUUGUUUAUUUUCAUCUAACCAACAAAUAGUAGAACAAAGUAGUGAUCAUAGCUUACAUAAUUUGUUUUCUUACCAAUUGUCGAUACUGGUUAGAAUAUUAGAAAUUCAAUUCCAUUCCAGUAAGAAUAUUUCUACGUCAUUUGGAGACUUUUUCGUUUGAUAAUAUUUGCAAUAGAAUUUUGUGGACCACAAUUUCGACUCGUCUUCUUCUUGUCAUUACUAUGUACUCACUUUAAAGAACAUCAAAGUCAAAUUCGCAGUGUCAUUUACUACAACUUCUACCGGUAUUAUCAAUUUAUCAUACCUUCGGAAAAUAAGAAGAAAUAUAGGAUUUUAUUCAUCUUUUUACGAAAACAAACGAUUGCUGGGAAAUAAUUUUCUGUCUCACACACAUUUCUUCUAUACAUAGGUAAUCUUUUGUUAAUUUUUCUUAGCUGGAUUUAGGUGGAUUUAUUGACAUCAAUGUAUCAAAGAUCUGUUUCUGUUGCACGGUAAACCAACAUAAGGGAUGUUGUACUUCUGUAUUCGUACUGACAAGAAGAAGACUCUUAUAUUCCAUUGUUAUGAAUGUGUUAUGCGUGAUACCACACUCGAAAUUUGUUUUCCUUCGAUACAGUUCAGUCGCUGGAAAGAAUGUUAGGCAAAUGUUUGUAAACCGAACAAGUUGAUUUAUCUGAUCUGUAGGCAAACUAAUACUUAAACCUAGCCCAAUCUAUCGGCCGGCAACACAAUAUUGCUACUAACAACCUCUACCAUAACUAUUAGAGCAGCUUAACUAUUAUUAACCUCAACAAAUGAAAAAAAUAAAAAGAACACGUUACGGCUUAUGAAGCUUUACUUGUAGUGUAUCUGUCCGCUGCGCCUGUUGUAAGCUACGGUAGUGUCAGAUUAUUGCGAUACAAAAGGCAAAACAGUGAAUCACUAAAGCAUUGAACUGCUUACAAGGAAUCUAAUCGGAUUCACUAAAAAUAAAAUGUCGUGUGGCCACGAUUAGAGUACCAAAACCAAGAGUGUGUGGUUGCAAAUAAUCGCAGAUAACAAUUUAAGGAGCAACAAUAGCGAAUAGGAAAGAUAAUGUAGCAGUACUGCACAAAUGUAGUCAGUUGGCGUAUAUGGAGCAAUAUGAACCCAUAUGAAGAUGCCGGAACAGAGUCGAUCGAUUUUCAUUGUACUUACAAAAUAGAAGGCCCCGUGUGCAGUCGCAACUUCACGAUCGUUAGCAAUUGAAGCCGACCUAGCGAAUAGUUGUUUUAUUUGCGAAAUCAACCGAAGUAUCCAAAAUAUUAAUGUGGAAAAAACAAAAACAAAUAUUACAAUGCUUUUGGCGAAAGGCCCAAAAACUGGGAAAAUGGAAAAGAAAGUAUAGAAAAACGUAUUGUGAUUACUAAUAUAUAUACAACUACUAGCGUAAAGUUAUAAUAACGAGAUAAAUGAAGAAGCGAAGUAAAGGAAAAAUUGGAAACAAAAUUCGGUGGCUUCAUGAAAUCGAUUACAUUAUGAAAGAAGCGUAUGUACAACAAAUGAGAAACCUUUGCUUGUAAAACAGAGCAGUUUGCCGUCUUAAACGAAGCACUUAAACAUCGGCGUUUUCAGAAGACUGCAACCCAGCAAGCAAAUCAUACACACGCCGAGCAAGUUUUAUGAAUGUUCUAAGCUACGUUACUGUCUCUAUCAGCCGUUUAUACUUUGGAGGAAACUAAUGGUUCAUGUGUAGCAAUCAGUUCCACUGACGAUUUUUAACUGAAAUUUGUUACAAUUCUUUAAGUGUGAAUUUUUGUAACAUAUUUUGUACAAAGCUAAUUAAGUCUUAAAAUGAAAACCGUCAAGUUGUCAGCUUUUGCUUGUAGAUAUGUGUACAUAUACAAUAGAAAGGAUAGUGUAUUUUGCUCGUUUGGUUUUUUUACUACGCGAUCGCUCCGUUUAGUUUGUGCUCAUAGGUUGUAGAUACCGGAAAUGGUAAAUGGUAAUAAUCAUUUCAAAUCCUUCGUUAUCCAAAUCGAUUGACAUUUUCAAUCCGUUAAAUGUUUCCCGUUCAUUCGAACGAGACUAGUUUCGAUUUUUUCCAUUAAAAUGAUUCAUUAAAAUUAGCCCAAAGUGUUAAUCUUUUUACCCCACAUUAUCAAUAUGUUAGAUACUGCUGCUUCUUCGCUCCGAUAAUAAUACAAGUAGCCGAUAAUAAUGCAAGCUGCAUAAAGGAAAUGGACUUCUAUGAAUCUUACAUGUAUUCAGAUAGACGGAAGCAUUUGAUGCAGUGUUUGCGUUGAUAAAAGAAAUACAUAAUUUGUCCCAUAAGUGCACCUGCCCGAGCAGAUUACCAAUACGGUUCGACUGUUGCGUAUUAUUGCCGAAAUUGUAAGACAUAUCAAUUUUCUAUCCACUUUAGAUGAAGAAAUCUUACCUAACGCUUACGAAACGAAUAUGUGCAGGAUAAACUUAUGCAAUUGUAAUGAAAUUAAACUCACCUGAAAUUUAAACCAUAAAACGGCAUACUAACUGAUAUACAAACACACGAAAAGAGCUUUUUUAUCGUUUUUUCUCUGUCAAGUCGUCAAAUCCAGUUUGUCCCCGGGUUUUCAGUCACAGAAUAUUUUUGUACACGGUUUAUUAACGGGACAAUAUCUCUCCCAAUCGCAAAACCAUACAGAAAAAACACCAUUAUCUGCAUAUAUAAAAUACGGUAUAGGAUACGAAUUAUUGUAAUACGUCCGUAGUAAUAGAAAAAAUGGAACCCUUUUUCCCGCUCAUUACACGCGACAGCACUCGAUCGUUUCAUAGUUUAUCCUCACAAUACUACUACCGGGUACGCUUAUUUACUGAAAACACGCGUUGUUAUAAACACGGCAUACAAUAUACUAACUAUUGACUGAUGUCCGCAUUCAGCGGAAGCACAUUAAUAAAGGCAAGGGAUGAACAAAUGUA